CUGUUGGAUGUAGUUGGAUGAGAAUUUCAACGAGCAAAAGAAAUGUUUUUAUUUAUAGGUGCUACUACUUUCAGUAUUUGUUAGUUUUUAAUGUAUUUAAAUAGUUUAAAUGUACUUCAACUUAUCAAUGUUUCAUAGAAAAGAGCUGUUAAGGAAUUCUGGAGUAGCAUGAGUUUUUACUAUGUCAGAUAUUAAGGCUGUUAUUCAGUUGCUAUGUCAACAUUUGAACUCAUUGCUGAACGUUAACCUGAAACCGGAUAAUUUCAGAUUAUCUAAGUUCAAUAAUAAUGAUAAGGACACGAUUCAAGCGUUAUGGACAACUCUAGAAAAAAUGUGUUUGUCAUUGGGUCCAAAAAUUCCACAUUUUGAAAAGUGCAAUUCUCAAGUUUGGGUUAAACUUCAACUGGCUUGUAUGGGCUACAACUGUUGUGAGUUCUACAGCUUGCCCACAGACUACUCAAGUGGCAGCAGGGAGCUGCUAUUAGCGCUGAUGUGGGUUAUUGCUAAAGAGAACGCCCUUGCCGUUCUUACCCAAGAGCGUGUACGGCAGUCGCCAUUAUCCCAGGAAUAUUCAGAUAUUUCAAAGGAACAAGUAACAAAUUCUUCAACAAAGACUGUACCUCUUUUGAAAACAGAAACAAAACAUUCUCUUUCUUCGGAACAUCAGAUAAAUUAUUGUUUAUGGCUGGCAAAUCGCUUAAGAUACAAUAUAAACCAAAUUCAGGAUCUAGAAGAGGAGAGAAUAAAACAUACACAUAAGGUCCAUCAAGCAACUGCCGGUUCAAGUGGUCUUCCUCAUCUCUCUGUAUUUGAAACAAAGUUGGUCAAAGACCCAGAUUUGUUAAAUCAAUGGAUGCCAAAACUUUCAAAACUAAAUGAGCUCAUUAAUGCUCAUACAAAAUGGCUGAAGAAGAAGUCAGUGUUUUGGGAAUGGAUGGAAACAGUAAUUGAAAUGAAGGAGAAAGAUACAUGUGCAGAUGAUUCAUUGCAGUUUUACAAUAAAACUGCUCUGACUGAGUUUGUAAAUGCUAUCCAUGUAUAUUCUGAAAGAGCCAAAAAAUAUCAAGGCCCAGAAGGCGGAAGUGGACCGCCUCCUCACCCUCGUUUCCUUAUCAGUUCCUUGUACGCGAAGUCAGUCAGUAAUUUAGUCAGGAAAGCUAGUUCUAGUGAUCUCCUGGCUGACAUGGGCCUCAGUGAAAAUGGUGUUGUUAUGCAUGCCUCUGAUUGGUUGGCUCUUGUUGAUUCAGAACUUCAAGAGGUAGAAAAAAUGAAACAUGAAAAGGUUCAGGAGCUAAAUUUGAGGUUGCAAUCUCUGACUCAAAAGCUAGCAUUAGUUGCCAUUUCUGAUGUAUCAAAUGGGGAGGUUGAAUCUGAAGACUGUUCAAAGUAACCGUGUGGUGAUUGAUAGAUUUUUAAAUGCCUGUACGCAUGUUUAGAACUGUUCUUGUUAUUUGUUUGAUGUGUUAGCUUAGCAUUUUUCUUUGUUUAAGCUAUAUUGUUGUUCUGUUUAUACUUUAUCUCUCUCUGAAUGCUCCAUGACAUUACAGUAAUACAUAGUUGGUAAAUUAUAUCCAAUUAAUUGCCUUGUGUGAUUUUUCUGUUGACGUAGCACACAACUUGUUACUUAUAAUCUGUGAUUUUUUUCAUUUAUGUUAUAACGGAAGUGUGCAUAUCUGCUAUUCAACUACCUAUAAAUACAAACCUGCAGAUUGUGACAUUUGCCAUUUAGAGGUGCCCAUAAACGUUUCUUAUAAAAGUGCCAUUCAAAUGCGAAUUUUAUUUAUAUUAAUUUUGCAAUUCUGGAGCCAUAAUCUGUAACCAUACUGUUGAUCUGAAAUGCAUAGCUUAUGCUUGUAGUGUUUGUGGUUUUUGUCCAAAAUUUAAUUGGAAUGUGUAUUGUGUGGCCAUUGUUUGAGCUGUAAAGCUUUGUGUUGUAGUCCAUAUGUUUUGUUGUAUUACGUACAUGUAGGUAUUAGGUGGUAUUGAACUCUCAAGCAAAUACUCAGAAAUUAAUCCAGUGAAACCCAAUAACUUGUAUUCUGCUAAGUUAUCUGUGAUUUUGAGACUGUGACUCUCAUACGAUCUGUCUAUGACUGACUGAUUUUCCUCUCUAAUCAUCAAUGAAAGUAGUACAUCAUCACUCCUUGGUUUUCAGUAUUGACAUUGAUGAUGUGUGUGCCUUCAAUAUUUCCCCCCGUUAUAUUUUAUUCUUCAUUGUUGUUUGAAAGUGUGAAUUUUGUACAUCUUUUGUAUAUCAACUUUGAGAUAUAUUUCUGUACUGAACAGUAACAAUUUUGUAAGGGUCCAUCUCUCGACUUCACUUGCCUUUGAAAUGUUCAUAGUUGUUUCAAUUUGUUAAAUCCAAGUUACCUUGUGCCCUCCUUGUUUAUAUCCCACCCACCUGUUUUUUGGUCCGGGCCUCAUGCUGGAGGGUAGGCAGACCACCGGCAGACCCCUUGGGGAAAAUGGGUGUUGGAAAGGUGAUUAGGGCUUCUAUUUUUAGGGUCAUAGGGGCCCGGACCAAAGUGCUCAACACUAAGAAAUUGUGUCCUUUCGCAUUGAAAUGGAAUAAAUUUACUCAAAACGUCA